AUGGUUAAAGCUGUAAUCUUCACAGAUUUCGACGGAACUGUUACAGUCCAAGACUCCAAUGAUUAUUUAACAGACAAUUACGGGUUUGGUAAAGAGAAAAGACUGAAAAUUUUUGAGGGUGUCCUAGAUGGCUCGAAGACUUUCAGAAGUGCCUUUUGGGAUAUGUUGGAAUCCAUUCCAAAACCACUUCCUGAAUGUAUUGAGAUUUUGGAAAAACACAUCGAUUUAGAUCCGGGAUUCAAGACGACUUUUGAGUGGGCUCAGGAAAAUGAUGUACCAGUUGUCGUUGUCUCAAGUGGUAUGACGCCAAUCAUUAAGCAUCUCUUAACCUCCUUAGUCGGCAAAGACUCAAUUCAUAAGAUAGAUAUCAUCUCCAAUGAAGUCAAGAUUGACAAGGAUGAUAAGUGGAGCAUUGUCUACAGAGACGAUUCCUCGUUCGGUCACGACAAAUCUAAAUCAAUCGAUGCAUACAAGGCCAAAUACGAAGCUUCUUUGAAGGAAGGCGAAGAAAGACCUUGUUACUUCUACUGCGGGGACGGUGUUUCCGAUCUGAGUGCUGCAAAGGAGUGUGAUCUUUUAUUUGCCAAGAAAGGCAAGGACCUGAUUAAAUAUUGUGACAAACAAAACGUGCCAUACCACGAAUUCGACUCCUUCAAGGAUAUCCUUAGAUCUAUGAAGCAAGUCUUAGCUGGUGAAAAAACUGUUAAGGAAUUGAUGGAUAACAAAUAG